UCGGCGUUCCGGCGUUCAAUGCCGAUCUAUCCGGUUGUGUCCCACCCUACCGUCGAUAUCGACUCAUAACUUGCACCCAUGAUCCGUUGCCAUCUCCGUCUCCGACUGACAUAUCCGGAACUUGACUGACUUACGACAUAUUCCCUGGCAUCGGACCUGUAGAAAAUCCCCGCACGGUAGCACAUGCAAUCCCGCAAACGACAUGCCCCGUACGGGACAGCUUGUUCGGAAUGCUCACGGACCAAAUCUCGCUGCAUCGCAACUUCUCAGGGAUCGCCAGCUUGCAAACACAAUCAUCUUUGAUCUGGGGUUAAACCAGCCGCCGCAGAUUAUCCCCGAGGCAAUGCUGAGGUUGACCAUCCAUCGGCCGUGGGUAUCUGCGACCCGCACGGUCGAGGAGCAGAGGGCCGUAGUCGCAUGUUAUUAUCUCAGCUCCAACGUAUCGUCGUACCUGCGUCGAACAGAUAGACUGCUGUGGACGCCGUACAUGAGCACCUGCCUUGACGACCUUACAAUCAGCGGUACACCUGGCGAUGCCGCACUCGUAUAUGUGGUUAAGAUACGCAGAAUCCUUGACAAGGCAUUCUACUCCCCUCCAAACUCGCAGAUGACAGCGCCAGAAACCCCAGCAGACGUCGUCGCUGCGGUGUUGCAAACCGAGCUGGACAAACUCGCCACAGCCCCUGAUCCCGUGGAAAGUUCCGUUAUCACAUGCUAUCGCACCUACGCCUCUUUCGCGAUCUCAGAAUGCGCACUCACUCUCCCCUCUCCAGAACCACAGCAUCUCUACACCACAUAUGAGGCCCUCAAGUACUACUUUAACGCCUUCCUUUCCUUCCAAUCAAGCGCGUACUUGGGUCUUACGCUAGUAGAACUGUACCAGGCCAUGCAUGCAGCCCUCUCGCUGCGGAAACUCUCAUCCCAGCUCACGACACAGAUGUACGACAAGCAGCGCGUAGAGAAGCUUGCCGACUGGUAUCAGCAGGUGAUUCGCAGCCUUAGAAAUGCGUCGAUGUAUCCUGGAGCAAAGAGAGAUGGGAGGGCAGCAGUAUUUGGCAAGUUGGCUAGCAUGCUGGAGUCUUUUACUUGGGAAAGGGGUGAAGGGCUUGGACGGCAGGGUGACAGUGAGGUUAACGUGGACGGAAUUACAAGUGAGGUGUUUCUUAGUGAGGAGUGGUUCGGCAUAGCGAAUCAGUUUGAUUGGGCGUUUUAAGCAGUUCGUCGGCCUCUGAUGUUUUUAGUAAGGGGGCUGUUUAUGAUUACUAUUAAGGUACCUAGGUAG